UAUUUUUAUGUGUAGGAAAGAGAGUUACAUAUAGAUGGUGUAGAGAGAAAGAGAAAGGGAGAAUCAAAAUGGAUAAGAGGUGGUGUAUCUUGUUGGUUUUGGCUAUGGUCGUGGUUACAAGUGCAAGGAAUGUGCCGAGGGAAAGCAUUGGUUUGAACAAACAAAAUUGCACAUUUGCCAGUCAUCAUGUUAAUCAGAGUCAUCCUCCUAGUCAUAGUACUGGAGGCGGAAGCGGAAACGGUGCAGGUGCGGGUGCAGGUGCAGGUUCUGGUGCAGAAGCUGGUGCAGGUGCUGGUGCAGAUGGUUCGGGUUCAGGUGCUGGUGCAGGUGCUGGUGCUGGGGCUGGUGCUGGUGCAGGUGCUGGUGCGGGUGCUGGUGCAGGUUCUGGUGCAGGUGGCGGUGGUUCAGGUGGCCAUAAUGCUUCUAAUUCUGGUGGUAGCGGUGGUGGCGGUAGUGUAGGUGGCGAUAAUGAUGCUAAUUCUGGUGGUGGCAGUGAUGAUAAUGAUGCUAAUCCUGGUGGUGGUGGCGGUGAUGAUAAUAAUGCUAAUCCUGGUGGGGGCGAUGGUGGCGAUAAUGAUGUUAAUCCUGGUGGUGGCGGUGAUGAUAAUGAUGCUAAUUCUGGUGGUGGUGGCGGUGGUGUAGGUGGCGAUAAUGAUGCUAAUCCUGGUGGUGGUGGUGGUGAUAAUGAUGCUAAUUCUGGUGGUGAAGGUGGCCAUAAUGGUUCUAAUUCUAGUGGUGGUGGUGGUGGUGGUGGUGGUAGUGACGAUAAUGAUGCUAAUCCUGGUGGUGGUGGUGGCCAUAAUGGUUCUAAUUCUGGUGGUGGAAGCGGAGGCGGUGGCGGUGGUGUAGGUGGCGAUAAUGAUGCUAAUCCUGGUGGUGGCGAUGGUGAUAAUGAUGCCAAUCCUGGUGGUGGCGGUGGCCAUAGUGGUUCUAAUUCUGAUGGUGGAGGCGGUGGCGGUGGUGUAGGUGGUGAUAAUGAUGCUAAUUCUAGUGGUGGCGGUGGCCAUAAUGGUUCUAAUUCUAGUGGUGGAGGUGGUGGUAGUGACGAUAAUGAUGAUAAUCCUGGUGGUGGUGGUGGCCAUAAUGGUUCUAAUUCUGGUGGUGGAGGCAGUGGUGGUGGUGUAGGUGGCGAUAAUGAUGCUAAUCCUGGUGGUGGUGGUGGCCAUAAUGGUUCUAAUUCUGGUGGUGGUGGUGGUGGUAGUGACGAUAAUGAUGAUAAUCCUGGUGGUGGUGGUGGCCAUAAUGGUUCUAAUUAUGGUGGUGGAGACGGUGGCAGUGGUGUAGGUGGCGAUAAUGAUGCUAAUCCUGGUGGUGGUGGUGGCCAUAAUGGUUCUAAUUCAGGUGGUGGUGGUGGUAGUGACGAUAAUGAUGCUAAUCCUGGUAGUGGUGGUGGUCAUAAUGGUUCUAAUUCUGGUGGUGGAGGCGGUGGCAGUGGUGUAGGCGGCGAUAAUGAUGCUAAUCCUGGUAGUGGUGGUGGUCAUAAUGGUUCUAAUUCUGGUGGUGGAGGCGGUGGCAGUGGUGUAGGCGGCGAUAAUGAUGCUAAUCCUGGUAGUGGUGGUGGUCAUAAUGGUUCUAAUUCUGGUGGUGGAGGCGGUGGCAGUGGUGUAGGCGGCGAUAAUGAUGCUAAUCCUGGUGGUGGUGGUGGCCAUAAUGGUUCUAAUUCUGGUGGUGGUGGUGGUGGUAGUGACGAUAAUGAUGCUAAUCCUGGUAGUGGUGGUGGUCAUAAUGGUUCUAAUUCUGGUGGUGGAGGCGGUGGUAGUGAUGUAGGUGGCGAUAAUGAUGCUAAUCCUGGUGGUGAUGGUGGCCAUAAUGGUUCUAAUUCUGGUGGUGGUGGUGGUGGUGGUGGUAGUGACGAUAAUGAUGCUAAUCCUGGUGGUGGUGGUGGUCAUAAUGGUUCUAAUUCUGGUGGUGGAGGCGGUGGUAGUGGUGUAGGUGGUGAUAAUGAUGCUAAUUCUGGUGGUGGUGGUGGUGGUGGUGACGAUAAUGAUGCUAAUUCUGGUGGUGGUGGUCAUGAUGGUUCUAAUUCUGGUGGUGGAGGCGGUGGCAGUGGUGUAGGUGGCGAUAAUGAUGAUAAUCCUGGUGGUGGUGGUGGCCAUAAUGGUUCUAAUUCUGGUGGUGGUGGUGGUGGUGGUGGUGACGAUAAUGAUGCUAAUCCUGGUGGUGGUGGUGGUGGUCAUAAUGGUUCUAAUUCUGGUGGUGGAGGCGGUGAUAGUGGUGUAGGUGGCGAUAAUGAUGCUAAUCCUGGUGGUGGUGGUGGCCAUAAUGGUUUUAAUUCUGGUGGUGGUGGUGGUGGUGGUAGUGACGAUAAUGAUGCUAAUCCUGGUGGUGGUGGUGGCCAUAAUGGUUCUAAUUCUGGUGUUGGAGGCGAUGGCAGUGGUGUAGGUGGCGAUAAUGAUGCUAAUCCUGGUUGUGGUGGUGGCCAUAAUGGUUCUAAUUCUGGUGGUGGUGGUGGUGGUGGUAGUGACGAUAAUGAUGCUAAUCCUGGUGGUGGUGGUGGCCAUAAUGGUUCUAAUUCUGGUGGUGGAGGCGGUGGCAGUGGUGUAGGUGGCGAUAAUGAUGCUAACCCUGGUGGUGGUGGUGGCCAGAAUGGAUCUAAUUCUGGUGGUGGAGGCGGUGACAGUGGUGUAGGUGGCGAUAAUGAUGCUAAUCCUGGUGGUGGUGGUGGCCAUAAUGGUUCUAAUUCUGGUGGUGGUGGUGGUGGUAGUGAUGAUAAUGAUGCUAAUCCUGGUAGUGGUGGUGGUCAUAAUGGUUCUAAUUCUGGUGGUGGAGGCGGUGGCAGUGGUGUAGGUAGCGAUAAUGAUGCUAAUCCUGGUGGUGGUGGUGGUCAUAAUGGUUCUAAUUCUGGUGGUGGAGGCAGUGGUAGUGGUGUAGGUGGCGAUAAUGAUGCUAAUCCUGGUGGUGGUGGUGGCCAUAAUGGUUCUAAUUCUGGUGGUGGAGGCGGUGGCAGUGGUGUAGGUGGCGAUAAUGAUGCUAAUCCUGGUGGUGGUGGUGGUGGUGACCAUAAUGGUUCUAAUUUUGGUGGUGGAGGCGGUGGCAGUGGUGUUGGUGGCGAUAAUGAUACUAAUUCUGGUGGUGGUGGUGGCCAUAAUGCUUCUAAUUCUGGUGGUGGCGGUGGUGAUAAUGAUGUUGGUGUUGAUGUUACUCCUGGUGUUGAUGUUGGUGGUGAAUGAGGAAUAUUUAGGGUUGUUAUUGGUGGAGGUGAGAAAGGAGUUUCAGGUGGUGGAGUCGGUGGUUUUAGUAUUGGUGGUCUUCUUCAACCUUGACAGUGCUAUAUGUCUGUAGUGCAUUUCCACUUCCUACCAUAAUAUAAGAAUAAGUGCAGAAAAGGAUCCAUUGUUUUGUAAUGUAUCUAUAUAUAUAUAUAUAUAUAUAUAUGUGUUGUUCCUUCUUACUUAAGGGAUAUCACACGGUAUUUCACAUGCAAGUAUAUUCAUUUGUUGAACACAAAAACUUAUUAUAAUAUGUGCAUCAUUCAUUUUCUCUAUACCA